GCCGAGUGCCUGGUGAACGAGUGCGACAAACUCCAGCCUCGCACCGAGGAGGAGCUGAAGGACAUCUUCGUCCAGAAAAUGAAUCAGCGUUACGCAGACGCCGAUGUGAACAGCAUGGCGAGCACGGACGUCGGCACCCUGGGAGACUUGAGGGACUGCGAAGAGGAUGAGGAGGAGAUGCCAGCGUAUUGGGCCCAAGCGAAGGAGCAGAACUUUCGCUUCAACGCCCGGGGGUCCAAGGGGAACCCCAUGGGCGGCAAGUGGCAGCGCUACAUCAACAACCCGCAGAACGCGGAGGAGAAAAAGCAGUACGAGGCGAAGAAGGGCGACACCGAAGCGCAGCAGCAGCAUCGCCAGCAGUGGCUGAGGAAGAACUUCGACGUCUUCAUGGAGACCCACCAGCAUACCAAAGCCAAGAAGAAGAGAGACUACUCCGAGGCGCGAUACCUCGUAGCGGGGAGGGUUGUGGUUGAGGAAGGCGGCGGCGCUGAAGGAUGCCGCAACGCGGCAAACUAUUGCCUUGCAUGUGUCGCAGUAGGGUUUCCAUGGGUGAAAUGGUGCUCGCGGCGAAAGGCCGCACUCUACUUGUACAAAACAGAAGGCAUCGAGGAUGAGGUGACUGAGACGUGGGAGCACACCAAGAAGAUGUACCUGCAGAGGCAGCUGAAGAAUAUGAAGGACGCAGGCGCAGCCCAAGUGACGCAGGUGACGCAGGCGCAGCCGUCCGAGGAGCCAGUGCAGCCGAGGAAACCCGCGGCGCUGGAGGAGGAAACCGCUGCGGAAGCCAACGGCGCUGGAGGAGUCCAGGCGGGCGCGGCGGCCUCGAGCAAGGCCGCUGGCGCGAGCAAGGCCACUGGGCAGCAGGGCAAGAGGGGGCCACCGAGCAAGGCCACUGGGGGCGGCGCAGGCAGCUCUCGUGGUGGCGGCCGCGGCAAGGCCCGCCGCACCGUGAAGGUGUCAGCGCAGUCAGUCCUCACUCAGAUCAACAGGGAUCCAGGCUGGUCAUCCGCAAAGGAGAUGCAGAACGCCCUCAAGCCGAUGCAGAACGCCCUCAAGCAGUUGGACGGCAUGGAGGCUGACCACGAUGUCUUCCCGUCGAUCGUCUCUUCCAACGACCUCUCCGCGCUGCGCGCCAAGUGGAACAAGAAGAAUAAAGUGGACCAGUUCGAUCGCUACCUCGCUGAAUUCAGUGAGAAAUUCGACCCAGUCGUGCGGGCCCUACAGCUGGAAACCCGCAUGCUCACCAGCCAGAAGCUGGCGCGGGACCAGGAGAUGGAGCGCAUCGCCAAGCCGAAGCGCUA